UAAAAAUCUCAUGUCCAUGUAUUUUCCAAUAACGUUAUUUAAAUAUUAUAUAUAUCGUUGGAAAAGUUCAUGCAUCUGUCUGAAAGAACCUCCAAGGAAACCAUUAAGUCAACAUAACAACUGUAAAUUCUGCAUGGGAAACAGUACAUUCUCAACGGAACCAGACUGUGAUGAUAAAGUGCCUUACAGAAUAUUCUUGUCCAUCAUUGAAGAGGACAUCAAAUUUCCUGAAUCAAACUGUCACAAAACAAAAAAUUGCUGUGAAAUAAAUUUAAAUCGUGAAAAUGAAAGACAAAUUCUAGAGACAAUAGGAAAUGAUUUCACAUUUGUGUUCCGCAAAAUAUGGGAUCUGCUGAAAGGACCAUUAGAAGACAGGUCCACUUGUAUAAUUUUCAUAAGACAAAAUUAUACAAAUUCUGAUGAAAGUGAUUUUAUUCUUUAUGUUAAAUAAAACUUUCAUUUCAAUUUAGAACCUUCCAAUUGAUUUGAUUUCGAAUAACGUGUGGCACUUCUAUUAAG